AUGCCACCAGAGAUAGCAGACUCUGACGCCGAGUCUGAUCUUGGCUCACCCGACAAGCGGGCGCAUGUGCUCGGAAAGACAAGUGAGGCCGUCCACGUCCCACUCGCCUCACCAUCCGAAGUGGAUUUCGAUCAGUUUCUCGAUCCAACCCAAAGACUAUCGUCCUCUGCUUCAUACCAAGUCAAUAACAUUGUCCAAUUCGACGGUUCCAGCGACAACAUCGUCAGGUCUGGAGUCGAUGGGGCGAGUACGGAUACUCAUCUCACUUCACUCUCACUUCACAUGUCGCCCGCUGUAAAGGCCAAAAAAAGAGCUCACAGUGCUCUGCAGGAUGUCACCAAUGAUGCAUCGCAUGACAGCUCCGACAAGAAAGCAAAGUCUAAGAGGUCGAAGACAUAUGGCGCAGCGUCCAGGUCACGAUCUGCCUUGGGCGACGACCUAUUCGCACCGUCUCUAUCAUCAUUAUCAGAACUCAAAAACUUAGGACCAGAGAACACCGAUGCAUCUGCAGCAGAUCAACGAAUACCUGGCUCACCUUCGGCGCCCGCUGGGCCGAGCACGCUUGCGGCGACGACUUCACGUGGACAGGCUGGCGUCAUUUCAGCCCUUGGGGGACCCGUUCCCGAAGCAGCACCCAUCAUGACGACUUCGGUGGCUUCAAUGGGCCAAUAUCAAUCCAUCAACUUGGAUUUUCGUGGGGGUCUAGACGUUACCGCCAACCCAUUUGGGCCAAUGAGUCAGGUAUCGGUGGAAGGAGAGCCCAACCAAAGCGGAACUGAGAAUCGCAAAGGCUUGUUACAAGCCGCUGGAGAGCAACCACCACACGACUAUGUGAACCCGUCGAACCUCGAUGUACCAGAGGAACAACUACUGCCUCCGACGUCUCAGCCAUUCCCUCCACCAUUGGCAAUGGAUCAUGCCCAAGUGAUCCAGACUGCGGACUCCGCACCCACUCCAGACGCAGGCAUCGAUCCUCAGGCACCCGAGGCUAUAGCUGGAGCCACCGACCGCGAUACGGAGACCGUCCUUCCGUCCACGGAAAAGCCGGCCCCCAAAAAGCGUGGACGCAACGCCAAGAAUUCGUCGUUGUCUUCAACCUUACGAGCUCCAAGUUUCGGUGAAGAUGUCGACGAGCUCGCCCUCCCAAGUAUGCCACCACCCAACCGGCCUCGUCGGUCAACUGUCGACUCCCUGUCUCAAGCUUCAGAGACGUCAGGCCCGAUCUCCUCCACAAAAAGUCGAAAACGAGGAAAGUCGAAGCCGGCGGUUGUAGACGAUCCAGUAGAAGCCGACGAAUCAUCACCAGCGAAACUACCGGCCAACGAGCUCAACCUGAGUGAUGAAGUUAUAAUAGGGUUACCAAAAGAGGCCUACAAGCCGCGUCCGAGUCGCUCACGCUCGAAGAUUAUUGAGGAAGAAACCCCUCCGCAAAGGUCCGGCGAAUCAUCUCCAGUGAAGCCCACUUCCAGUGGGCCCAAUCUGAGCGACGAAGCAGCUAUCGGCCUGCCCAAGGACAACUACAAGCCUAGACCAAGUCGAUCGCGGUCAAAAAAGGUUGUCGACGAGGCACCCAGUCUCCCGCCUCCAGAAGAAGAGUCCGACCAUGGAACUCCAGCCAAAAGCAUAACUACUAGCAUCGCAGAGGUAGAAACACCUCCAGUGGCUUCGACCAAAUCCAGCACAAAAAAGGGCCGCAAAAGCAAAGUCAAGCGUGCGAAGACAUCGGCCGCAGCUCUCCUCAAAAAGGUGGAGCCAAUGCUCAGCGAGGGUGAAGAGGAUGUUGUGUGGAUGGAUACGAAGCCCGCUCCAGUGAAACUGGAUUUACCCCCUGAUUUGAGUGCUCUCAAAAAAGAGGCUGAUGUGCCGGGUUCCCACGAAGGUGAGGACGGCAGCCACAGUCACGAGCGCACGACAGGCAAGGACACUCACAUAACAAUUGAGAUACCCGGCCCGGCGGAGACUAAGAACCCUGCUGUGACAGAGCCUAAGAAGCGCGGCAGGAAGCCCAAGAAAGUACAGCAGAAGACGGAAGCGAAGGCGGUCGAGGAAGACGAGAAGGGCACGCAAGAGGAUAACAUGAAAAAAGCGCGACCGGCAUUGGCCGAAAAAUCCAGCAAUGUCUGUGAUCCAGGCCCAGGACCAGGGCCAGACAUCCUUAAAAGCCCGAUAGGCAAGGCCGCCAAAACGACUCCCACCGUUUCACCAUUCACGUCCCCCGAGCCGGAGGCAUCAAGACCACAGUCAAAGUUCACUGUGGCAAAGAAAGAGAAUCAACCCCUGACCACGCCAGCGAAGCCGAAAUCCGCCACCGCCCCGCCGUGCUCGGCCGAGAAAGGCCCAGCGAAGCACUCCCCGAUCAGCAGCCUCACGUCCUCUGGACGCAAGGCCAUCUAUCGCGUCGGUCUCUCCCGACGGCAGAACAUCCCGAGUCUCUUGAGAAAGGUGGACAGGGACAAGCCACCGCCCAAGAACGUGGCGAUCAAGCAGAAGGAGAAGAAAGUGAAAGUGGAUGAGAAUCAUGAUGGCGAGGAAGGCGGAGGCGGUCGGGAUCCCAGCGAGAUGAGAGGCGCAGAUGGUAUGUUGAUCGAGUGGGAGUUUUGA